AUGAACAAUGCUCGAGUAACCCGGUCGCUAUGGAGGCAAGCAGCGAUGCACACAAGACCAGCAGUACGAGUUUCGCGAAGAAAUCUCGCAACUGAGACACAACCUCCGCUGCCACCGCCGCCACGCAAAGAGCCAUCGCGAGUAGGCGCAUACUACGGCACCUUCGGUUCCCCACUCCUCAAAUGCUUCCUCGGCGCCCUCUUCACAUACCAACUCGCCUACUACCUCUGGUACAAGCUCGAAACCGUCGAAGAACGGCACGAAACGCGCUUGGAAAUUGCUGAGUUGCAGCAAGAACUAAAGCAAGCGCUCGAGAAGCAGAGUCAGGCGGCGCAGGAAAAGUGGGACAGGGCAGCAGAGGUGUUGCAGAGGGAGAAGCAUGAGUUAGGGGAGGCGGUGGACGCCGUGGUCGAAGAGGUGAGGGAGGGGGCGGAUGAGGUGGGGAGGGGGACCAGGGCGGUGGGGAAGGUUGCGGGUGGGGGUUGGUGGCCUUGGUAA